GGGAGGGAGGCGCUCGCGCCGUUCCCGCCCUCGCCCGCCCGCCCGUCCCCUCACGGGGUGAGGCGUGAGGGAGGAUAAGAUGGUGGCGGGUAGCGCCCAGCCUCCGGCCGUUCGGCCUGAUGGGGCUUCCCGGGCAGAGGUUAAGUCUGUCCUUAAGAAUCUAAGUUUCUGCUUGCAUGGCAAUGCUGCAUACUUCAGAGAAGAGAACUUGUAUACUGGUAACAAGGACAUGGUCAAACAAAGUGCCACCCCUGGUCAUUACGAGUCACAGAAGGGAUGCGUAUGCCUGUGACAUGUGCAUUUCCAGUCACAUAGGCUAGAAGAUUCUGAGCUUGUGAACGUGAUAUGCAAACACCUACAAUGUGAAAUCUGUAGAGAAUUCCUAUUAUUGCAUAGUAAAUAGCAAGAAACAAAAAAUGGACACUCAAUUAUUUUCCCCAUUAUUAGGAGCAAUUACUAGUACGCCACCUCCGCUAGAAUCUUCCCGUCUGUAUAGUGACUGGUCAGCAUGUGGAGAGGAUAUUAACUCAAAAACUUCUUUUCAAGACUGCACAAAGAAACGGGCACCAAUAAAUCUUUCUUAUUCUGGCAAUGGCCCUGAUAUGUUUGGGCUAGUGUCAAGUAUUUUAGAGGAGCCAAGCAAGCCAGAACCAGUUACAGAUUGGAAUUCUCUUUCAAGAUUGUUUCCACCAAUGUGGGCACCUGAUCUUGGAAGCAAUGGUGAAUUCUCAGGGCUCUCAUCUAAGCACUCUGUUGAAAGUAAGGAUUUUUCAAACCUGACAGGCACACAGAACUACUAUCAGGAACACUUGCGAAAGUCUCAUGAUGUGGAGAUGUUACACAGAGGUUUGGAAGAUCUUCAUCUCAUAGAGUCUUGGCUUUCUCCAUCCGGCCCUUGCACUCAGCCUGAUAAUAUUCUGAAGACCAGUUAUCCUGAAAAUUCCUCUUUGCAAAAUAAUAAUACGAUUCACCAAGAAGGCUUUUCAUUUCAAAAUGUAGACUAUAAUCAGCAUUUGUGCAGUUAUGACCACAUGAGCUUAAAUGGAGACUACGAAAAAAUUGGUUCCAGUUUUAGCACUUUUUCUUCUCAGAACACAGUGAAAGAAGGCACUAGCAUUCAGAAAGAGUAUUGGAAAACUGAAAGAACAAGAGGCAAAGCUCUGAAAAAUGAUGCUCAAGAACAAACUAAGUAUUCCGCUGAUCUUUCCAAUCAGCCUGUUGAUGACUCUUGGGAUAAAGUAUCCCAGGAAAACCACUUGUUUUCUAAAAGAUAUGAAAGCUUUACAGCUGCUCAUAAAUUGCAGUCAUCUGUUCAUCCAGCGCUAUAUUUUUUCAAUCAACCCCCUAAAGAAAAUAAUUUUUCUGGAGGGGCAAACAGAAAACCACAGGAAACCCAUGUGCAAAAUGGUCAUCAUAGCUUUACUUUGGGGGAUGCUUUUAAUAAUAAUGAAUGUAAGAUCCAUAUUAGUCCUAAAGAAUGCUCUCAUAAAGUAGCUGAAUAUGAUUUAUCUGCAAAAAAUGUUACGCAAAAUGGGAGUUACUCAUCGUACCAUGGACGUACGUGGCUGGAUGGGAAAAUGGCAAGUCCAACAGCUGCAUCGGAUAUCACGUAUGGAAAGCAAGUGGUAACAAGUCCACAGUCAUCUUCAGGGGUUUCAACCAUGUCCGCUGGCUCUCCCACCCAUCAGUCUAUAACACAGUCCUCUUACUACUCACCAAUCUUACCUGGCCUCCCUUCAAGGAAAGGUGGACGGUUACAAAUAUCAAAUGGUGUUUCUAAUAAUUUGGGAGUUUCUAAUUUUAUCUCAGAAAAUCAGAAGCAAAUGAAACCCAUUGGACGAUCACAGCAUGAUUCAUUGACUAAUAAGGAGGGGCAAUACCGUAAAUUCCCCAUUAAUUUUUCAUCUGACUGGUUAAAGCAACAGAAUGCUAUAAGUGAAGACCCUGAAAAAUACCACAGAUUUCCGAAAAAGCAGACCCAAGAAAGUAGUAAUAAAGAUGAUAGGAGAGGCAGAAGGAAUUGGAUUCCUCAUUUUGGGUAUACAACCUCAAACCGUCAGCAGUUCAAUAUGUUCCGAAAAAAGCACGAACAAAAUGGUGGUAGCGUGUCAGAUUUCAUCAAUCCUUCUUUUCUUCCUUCUUUCCCAUUAAUGUCUGAUUUUAAGCAAAAUCCCAGCUUUCCUCCAUUUAAUCACCAUCUCUUUUCAUCAGCAAAUAAUUUCAGUUUUCCUCCGUCACCAUUUCCAUUCUCGGAACUUGUUGAUCUUUUUCAUUAUGAUGACUUUAACCACUUGAAUCCCUUCAUCAACGACCUGUUUUGUGGGGAAAUAGCUGCACCAUACUUUGCCUUUCCGACACCAUUUAACAAAUACAGACCUCCAAGAAAUCGCAGUGGACCUGCUAAUGAGCUUCAUAUCCAACUGGAGGAGUGUUAUGAGCAGUGGAGAGCCUUGGAGAAAGAGAGAAAGAAGACUGAGGCUGACCUUGCAAGAAACUUUCCAGGAAAGCGCAUAUCUAGCUCAAAUAACACUCCUGUGUCCCGACUUCCUGCUAACCCAUCACGAGUUGAUCGUUUGAUUGUCGACCAGUUACGAGAACAAGCCAGGGUGCUCACAUUAAUAGGAAAAAUGGAAAGGCUUCGUGGUACCCCUGUACACGGUAACAUAUCCACUACAUUGGAACACCAUAUGGAAGCCAUUCACAUAACACAGGCAAGGCGUAAGGAUGAGAUUAUUAAUGCUGCUAAUCCACAGAGACAAGGAGCACCACGUUAUAAUAAUGAGAAAGAUGUUCUGGCUCUGGCAGCUGCCAUUAGAGAAUUGGCUGCUUCCACACGCAAGGCUCGUACCGCUUUAUGGUGUGCGUUACAGAUGACUUUGCCAAAAAACUCUUCAAGCGGUCCAGUAAAACAAGAAGUUGUUGAAAGGGCACUGCAAGAGCUUUGUCCUCCAAACAGAAGCACACAAGAAAAAAGCAGCAUGGAGCAUGAAAACAGAGGAAGCAAAAAAGAAAAACCUGAGGAACCCAUGAGGAUUCUGGAAUAAUAGCAAAUAAUAAUAAUAACAACAACAACAACAAAAGGGAGGCAGAAGGCUGAGGAUGGGGAGGGAAGGGCAAAGUGUCCUGGAUAGUACCAUGGAAGGUGUUUUUGAUAGGUUAUAAAAAAAGCAAAAGGGUUAACAUAACUGAUCAGUGCUGCAAUUCUGUUACUGUGAUUCUGGUGUUGAGAGACACAUCUUGUAAUAGUGUUAAUGCAAUUUUAAUAUUGCUGGUAUUGCAAUGUCUGCUACAUAAGAAUUUUAUUAAGAGGAACUAAACAAUAGCUGAGCAUUUCCUUGUGUGCUUAUCCAAAGCUAUGUAUCAGCUGUGAGUCAAGCCAUGACCUGAGAAACCAGAGUGUGGUAGAACUUAAUUCUCCUUUCUUUGUUAAUGAUACAAUUUAGCAUACUUAAAAAAAAAAAAAUCCAUCUGAAAGGUAUUUCAUAAAUUGUUAAGGGUUUUUUUGCACCAUUAUAUAGUUCUUUUAAGUGCCAAAGUGAUCACUAAGUAGUUUGCAUCCCAUCACUCUGUACAGAAUGAUCCACACUCCUAUAUUGUUUUUGUGACAAGGAGUCAGGUUGUUCAGGUUAUUGCUAACAGUUUGACAAGAAUAAUAAUUGGUUAAUGUUGGUUGUGUGAGAUGCUUCAGCAAUUGUGCUGCUAAUUCAGUUUCUAGCUAAACCAAGGUAAACCAAGCUUUUCUAUAGCAUAGUCCAUUUAAAAUUUUCCAUUUAAAAAAAAAAAAGGAUUUUGUAGAUUUGCAGUAAGUACUGCAUUGAAGUACACAUUAGCAGGUGAUAUAAAGUUGUCACUCAGGAUUAGAAAUUAGAUUUAUUGAUUCCUCAGUGGGUUAAAAAACAGUAACUAUAUAACAUAGUAUGCACUUAAUUAAAAAAUUAUUGUUUGUUAUUAAUGUAAGUUCAUGGUACUAUAAUUUUCAGAAACAUUCCAUAUUUAUUUUAAUGUGUUUAUUGAAUGUUUAUUUAAAAUUCUAUUUUAGUAAUACAAAGUUGGAUAUUUUGCCAAAUCUUCCGAAUAAGCAGAUUUAACGAUUUACUCAGGAAAUAUGUAUAUUAUUAUAUAAAUAUACACAUGGUAUAUAGGGAUUUUUGGGGGGGAAGGGAUGUUUGCGAAAUACUUACACAAAGCUAACUAUAUACUAGGUUACCAAAGCUGUUUAACUGAUUAAUUUUUUGCAUGGAAGAUUUAAUAUAUUUAAUUGCUGUUAACUAGUCUCCAUUCUGUGGCCUAGACAAUCAGAAGUGUUAUGUAUCGGUGUGAAUGUUCAGGGUGAGAAUUAGAAAAGAAUGAGUAAUUCAAGUUUUGUUCUUAGGGCACUUAUAAAUACUUUAAUGCUUUAACAGCUGUCUUACUGUUACACAAUCUCUUAACAUGUACUAAUAACAAACUAAGAUUCUUAGGUAUCAGUAUAUAAUGAAUGGCUUUGGCGAGCAGUUCUUAUUUUAAAAGUGAAUUAAGUUGGGGAUAUAAGCAAAGUUUGAAAGACAAAAAUGAAGACUUUUAUGUUCCAUGGUGUUCGAUGUUGAAUUUGACAUUUUGUGGAAAAAUAUAUAAUUGUUUCCAUAUAUAUAUGUACUUGCAAAAUGUUCCAAAUGCAGUUCUGUAGUUUUGGAUCUGUGGAUGUUUCUAGAGAAGAUGUAGUCUCAAUAGGACCAUUGCUAACUGUAAUGAGGCAGUAGCUACACAACUUCGUCGAAAAAAGUUGCACAAGCCUCAUUGUAAUCCACUGAAUAAAGUUUAAAAACAGGAGUCGAUAGAAAUCGGAAUCUUAGUAUAGCAAGAUUAUGGGUUUUUUUCCCUAAAGAAAGUGAAUUCAACUUAAAAGAAUAUUUUCAGCCUUAGCCUAAAAAACAGGUAGUGGAGAGAGUUACUAUAGUGUGAGUGUUUUCUCUGUGUGCAUGUGCAAUUUAUUUGCACAAACUAAUUUAAGAAGGUUAAAUUUGUGUUUGUGAAACUAAUUAACUAUACUCCAUGGUUUUAAAAGUGGAGUCUACAGUAUUUCAGUUAAUGAAUAGUUUUGGGUUUUAGUUAUGAUUACUGUGUUGACAAGAAAUCAGAAUUUGAAAGUCUUGAUCAGCUUUUCUGUUUACAGAACAAUUGUAGUCCUGCAGGAUUGUUUUGUAGUGGUGAAUGUAUAGGGCGUAGUAGGUCCUUAUUGUAUUGCUCGUGUGUUAAUUAUUAUUGUGAAGGAAUGUGGUCUUAAUUGGUUCAUAAUAUAGUUAAUGUGCCUUUAACAGUCUCAUUUUUCAAAAAUGGUAAAUAGCUGUAUGCUCACUUCUGUUUUCAUUGGCAGUUUAAAAAUGCAUUUAAAAAGGGUUACAGUGUGGCUGCACUUGACUAUAGCUAACAAUUAGCAUACGCUGUUAAUGUUGUUCUUGCAUACUGUUAGACUGUCCAGUUAUGGGCUCUUUAACAAGCGUAAAGCACCGUAGCUGUGGAGAGUCGCCACAGGUCAAAUGUGUUAGUAUCAGAUUUUCCUUGUCAUGCCCUACAAAUGCGACCAACACGCGCUCAUAUUUCAUUUUUCCUUGCUCUGUUUUCUUCAUAAAAACUCGGGGUCUUCAUACCAAAAUGAUUUUUGUGCCCAUUUCUUUAAAUGAUUGGAUUAUGGACAGCAUUAGACCUCUAAAGACAAAAGUCCUUUUAGAAUGCUUAGGUUCUGUUGCUUUGUUACACGCCCUUUUAUAUUUCAGGGGAAAAAACACUGUAUUUUGUAAAAUAACCACCUGGAGUUGCAGCAGCUCUGUUAGAGUCAUAAAAUUUUUUUAGCUGCCUCGUGUUUAAUUUGGCAACAAUGUACAAAUUCUCUAAGUAUCACACUGAAUUUUUGGUAUGAGUUAAGUAUAAGUAUGAUGCUUCUGGUUUUAGGGACUAAUUGUAUUUGCAUUUUACUGACUUCAGUGGAAGCAGACUUAAGGUAUUAGGUCACACUUCAGCCAGAGAGAUGUUUUUGUAUUGGAGUUGGGUUUGAUUUUUGAAAAUUCCCCACCCCGAUUUGUGGAGCAAGCAGGUAAAAUUUAGUUUAUUCCCUCCUUCUCCUCCCCCCCCCCCCCCCAGCUUUGUUGAGAUUUAAUUGUUCUCUUUUUUCUGUUUUGAUUUAUGCAGUUUACAUUUUUGAAUGAGGUGAAGAAGAUAGCAGAGUUGUAGCUAGUCAUGGUAGCAGUGAUACUAGAUUGCUCCAGUUUAAGAAAACAGGAUACCUAAGAGUCCUUUCUCAAAUCAAGAUUAUUAUUAGGGUGUAUGUUUUGAUAGUUGGUAAUGAAUCUUUAAUGCUUUAAAAUCCCAAAUUGAUAGUCUAGUACAACACAGAUUUAAGAAUUGCAAUUACUUCUGUAUAAAUAACUGGAGGCUUCUGGUGAGUCCACCUUCUUGAUUCCCAGAAGAGAGGCCAGCAUCAGAGUAAACUUUUUUUUCUGGUUGUAGGUUUGCUAUCUCUGCUUUUCUUCUGCCUCCGCAGGGUCCCUCUGGCAAUUAAGUUAGCCUGAUAGUAUCUAUAUAAACUAAAACUAAGAAAUGGGUAUUAGUUUGUCAUUAUUUUUUAGAAGAGCAUACAGGGAGGUUGUCUAGGUUUGUGGUGCUUGUCUUGCUGUGGCCUUUUCAGGACUGUGUGUAAGACAAACUACUAUUUCCCAAACUACUGCUGCUAUUGGUUGUUUCUUACUUCCAGACUGAAUAUUCUUCUUUGCUCUUGGUAUUUACGACCACUACUAAUCUUUUUGUCUGUACCUGGAUAUGUAUAAUUUGGAAAUGAUUUGCCUUACAGCUUGGAAACUGAUGCUCUAGUCUUCAUAAGUCGUCUCUUCUUACUAUUCCUGGUACCUUUUCUCUUUGGAGAAGUAAACGAAUAGUAGAAGAUGGAGAUUAUGCGAGUGGGAGGCUUUGUUGAGGUACUUGCUGGCCAUUUAGCCUUUACUGCCUUUUCGGAGAAGUGUGGAGAUACUCCAAAAUUUUGUGGAAAGCUUCCUAGCUUUAGGCCUAUGCACUUUUCCAGAAGUGACCAUGAGCACAGCUUCCUGGGAUUAUGUUUGAUCUGCUACCCAGGCCUUUUCCCAUUCUGUUUGGGGAAAUACGGAAGGAAAGGGGAGCUACGAGGAGGAAGGAAACACUGAGCCACAGGAAACCCUACUUCCAGUGGACAGGAUCACUCCCCUGUGGCUCCUGCGGUCGGAAGGGUGUGAGCCUGAGGGGCCAGGAGUCUGUCUUUGCCUAAAGCGUGUUUCCCUUUUUUCCCCCAUCUGCUCCUCACACACACUGUCAGCUUUCAAUGCUGCGACUUGUGGCAGAGUUGGCUUGUUCUUGGCCCGCUCUGGUAGCCAUCCUUCCACCCUUGUAUGUUUUAAUCGUAUGGAAUCAAGCUGUGUACCAGCUUGAGGGGCUAGAAAAGGGCUUGGGAACAGCUGGUUCAAACCAAUGGGGUAUGGUCCUCCCUCUUGGAUCUCGCCUCUCCACUGCUGUCUGUAAGGGAAGAGAAUGAAGUAGGGUUUAAGCUCAGCUUUUCUAGACUUAGAAAAUGACAAAUGGCAAGGAGUACUUAGCAUGAAACCUUCAUUGAACUGUUUGGGUUUUUUAAAUCUGUUCUUCCUCAAGUGACAGCAUUCACCUUUACUCAGUAUGAUAUUCUCAGAUACACAGUUUCUAUUAGGUCAUAGCUCUAAUUCUGUAAGUUGGAUUUUUUUGUUUAAAUGCUGUAAAGAUUAUGCAACAAACAGUCCUUAAGCCUAUAUGUAUUUUUUUUUAAAGUUACAUUGUUACCUGCUCUGAAAGCUGUUGUGGUUUGGUUUUCUUUUUUUUUUUUUUUUUUUUUCCUCCCAUUCUCUGUUUGGGAGCUGUGAUGUCAAAAU